AUGCAGCAGACUCAUCUGCCGUCCGAGACACGUCCAGAGAUCAACUUUCAAGAUGAAAUAAAGAUAGCUGCAGUCCAAAUGUCACCGGUCUUUCUGGACAAACAAACAUCCACACAGAAAGUGUGCACGAAGAUCCAAGAAGCUGCGGCACAAGGAAGCACGGUGGUCGGCUUUCCUGAGUCCAUCAUCCCCGGCUAUCCAGGCUGGAUAGAAAUGCUACCACUGGACCAACCAAAGGCUCAUUCGCUAUAUCAAAAGCUGUUCCUGAAUGCCGUCGAAGUGCCAGGGCCAGAAACUGCAGCACUCGGCGAGGCCUGUCGCGCCGCAAAUGUAUGGGCUGUUGUCGGAAUCACGGAGCGCUUAGCCAACACCACAAGGACUCUUUACAAUACCCAGUUGACGAUCAAUCCCGCCGGAAAGAUUGCUUGCAAACAUCGAAAGUACGUCCCUACGUUGACGGAACGACUCAUGCAUACCCCUGGACAGACGGGGAGUACAGCAUCAACGAUGACGCCUUUCGGAACACUCAGCGCCCUGAUGUGCGGCGAGAAUGCAAACCCGCUCGCGAUGUAUUCGCUUCGCCUAUUGUACCCUGUUGUACAUGUUGCCUCAUGGCCAACCCACUUCGCACCCGGCAGCGACCUCGAAAACGGCAUACAGAACUCCACGCACGGCCUGGCCUACUCGCUGAAAUGCUUCGUGCUGAACUGUGUUGGCGUUAUCGAUGAAGGUGCCAUGGAGGCGUACGGAAUCGACCAGAGAAUCCAGGAUUACUUGAAACAAGAGAGACAGAAAAGCUUGUCGUCGAUUAUUGGUCCAGAUGGGAGGACCCUCACGACGCCUCUCGAGACUAAGGAGGGGAUUCUGUACGCAUCUGUGCGGCCUGAGGAUGUUUUGGUGCCGAAGUAUGGCAUGGAUUUUGCGGGUCAUUAUAAUCGACCGGAGCUGUUCGCGCAUCACUUUGAGAAUUUUAUGCGACAAGAGGGAGUUGGUGGUCAAGCGAAGGCGGUGCUUGACAUGUCUGCGUAG